AUGCGCCUGGAUGUUGAUGCUGUGCCGAAGCGACCGCCCUCAAAGAUUGAUCUUAUGCUCGUGGAUGCUGGCGACAAGCGCCGCUCCAGCGUCGCCACCCCGCCGACGACCCCCGCCAUUGGCCAGCGCGGAUCUGCCCGCGUGCGCACGCCUUCGGUCCUACUUUCCUCGCACCCCGGCGAGAAGGUCCCGUCCCUGCAAUCGAUUGCCGCGUCAAAGAAUCGCCAACUCGCCCACUGCUUGCGCAUGAUCAAAGAUCUGCUCCGGCUGAAGGACGCGUUUGGCUUUUCGAAACCAAUCGACCAACUGUGGGCCAUUGACCAGUUGCCGGGCUACUUUGAUAUCGUGAAGAACCCCAUGGAUCUGGAUACCGUGCGCCAGCGCUUGGAGUCUGGACACUAUCUUACAACGCCAGGGAAAGAAGAGGUCGAGGAAGUCUCAUUUGACACCAAAGCCUUUUCAAAGGACAUGCGCCUCAUUUUCAAGAACGCGCAGACAUACAACCGCCCCGGCGACACUUUUUACGAAGCUGCCAAGCGUUUGUUGGAAAAGUUUGAGGCAAAAAUUGCACAGAUGCCCUCGCUCGAACAGCUUGCCGCCCAGGCCGCGAAGAAGAACAAAAAGCGGAAAAAGGGGCAGACCAGCUUCACAGAGGGGUCGAAGAAGCAUGAGUCGGUCAAGCGCCGCAAGUCUGGGGAGGGUGGCGCGAGCAGUCAACCGAAGAACCGGCCGACAGCGAAGAAGAAGGUGCCCGCGGGGGGCAGUAAGCCCAAGACUGCGGCUACCACUAACAGUCGCAAAAAGACUGGCGCGAAAUCCGCACCAGUCGUUACUAAAAACGUAGAUAGCAUGAGUGCAGAAGAGUUGGAGGCUCGAUUCCGCGCUCUCGAGAGGCAGCGAGCAGUAACCCAACCAGGUUCGCCAGCUGCUUCCUCGACGGGACUUUCUUCCUACGUAGCAGAAGCACAAGCAUUGUAUAGUGUGAAAGUGACGGAGGAUGAAAUCAUCGAGUUGAGUCAAAGUAUCUUCAAGCUGCCGCCCGAAAAGAUCAAAAAGGUGAUCGCAUUGGCAUCCAAAAACCAAAACUCUUCAGUUGAAGUUACCCAGGAUGAGGAGAUCGUCUUGGACUUUGAGUCGAUGAACAACAAGACGCUUCGAGACAUUCAGGCGCUUGUGAGACAGACUCUAUACAAGAACAAGAAGGGCCCAAUAGAGAGCGGGCCGAACGCUGAUGUGUACCAGAUGACCCAUUCGAAAGUCUUGGAUGAGAUGGACAAAAUCCGCGCUGUGCAUCGAAAGCGGUCAAAGGGCAAGUCUGGCAACGGGGAAAAGAAUCCCAAAUCAUUCUACGACUCUGACGAAUCGAGUUCGGAUUCAGACGACUCGGAUGGGAGUGGCAGUGAAAGCGAUGAUGAAGGCUCCAGCUCUGGCGAUUCUUCAGAUGACGAAUCAGGCUCAGACUACAUGCGGAAGACAAGGGAAAGAAAUCUAGCACAUCAGCAAGCAAUGCAGGCAGCUGGCACGCCAUUGCCAAGUCCCCCGUACCAGAACCGCGUCGCAUAGCUGUCAUUGAUCCUUGAGAUUUUUUUUUAAAUAGAAGUUCUGUAUGUCUUCACAAUAUAACGCCGUUUUAACUGAAAUGGAUAAAGCGAAUAGUGUGAUGCGGCGAGUACUUGUUCGUAUUACCAGUCUUCA